AUGGCUUGUCAACAUUAUUCAAACAAUAACCUGUUAAUAUUUGAGUGUUGCAGAAAAGCAUAUCCAUGCCGAUUAUGUCACGAUAUGAAUGAGAUGCAUAAAUCCAAUAGAUACGAGAUAUUAAAGAUGCAGUGCAUAAAGUGUAAAACUAUGCAACAAGUCUCACAGAAGUGCUUAUCAUGUGACACAGAGGCAUCCCAGUAUUAUUGUAACAAAUGCAACCUUUGGGAUAGCUCUGGAGAUAAGAUUUUCCAUUGUGAACAAUGCAAGGUGUGUAGAAGAGGAAAUGUACAGGAUACGUUCCACUGUGAUGUUUGCCAGACAUGCCUUCUGAUAAACGGAUCAAGAGAGCAUAUUCAUGUAGAGAACGCAACAGGAAGAAACUGUCCAAUAUGUGCAGAAGGGAUGCAUGAAUGUACAGAAGUCCUUGUGCUCCUCAGAUGCGGACAUAGCAUGCAUGAAAGCUGUUUUAUAGACUACAUGAAGAAAACAUACACAUGCCCUAUAUGUUCGAAGCCAAUGGGAGAUGUUUCAGUGGUUGAUGCCAAGAUUAGGAGUCUUGUAUACAACGAUGCAGAGAUUCUUAGUGGUGUAGCGGAUCUAUGCUCUAUUGAAUGCCGCGAUUGUGGUAAUCCUUCUAAGGCAGUAGCUGGGAUUGUGUACAACCGGUGUCCAUUCUGUGGCUCUUAUAACACAAUGGUUAUGGCGUGCAGAGAGCAAGGUGCAGUUUGA